AUGCGUCGUUCGGCUCGAUACUCAUUGAUUGCUCAGCGUCACUUAUUAUCGAAAAAAUUUGUAUUAAAUGAAGAGUGGCACAGUAGACAUCAUGCACUUAGUGAACUCGGUAUAGAAGGAUCAUAUGAAUGGAUCACUGCUGUACAGAAAAAAUUUGUCAGUGCUGGAAUGGCCAGUGCGGUAGAUGUUGAUGCAGCGGUUUGUAUAGCAGAGGAGGAGGACCAGCUAGAUGAUGUGUUAAAAAUUGUGUACAAGUUACGGCACAUUGAAAUGACUGGUAGAAUGCUGCCUUCAACAGAAUAUGCCCUCAUCAGGUUGCUUCUGAAACACCACAAAACCGACAUUCUUCUUGCAAUUUUAGCUGAUCCUAUUAAUUAUGGGAUCUUUUUGAAUGAGCACUCAGCUUGUUUGGUUAUAGAUAAUUUUUUGGAGGCCGGUAAGAUUCCAGAUGCUUCACGAGUCGCCAGUUACGUAAUGCUUCAAGAAAUGUUCCAAUCAGCUUUACUGAAUUGGUUAUGUAUUUAUAGCAGUUUGAAAUGGAUUGAAUUACCUGCUGAACAAAGAGUAUUCGAGGAACUCCCAUCUCUGGAUUAUAUUGCUGCCAGAGAAAGCGAUUCAGGGAGUAUAGAAGAUGAAGACGAAAUAACCUUCAAAUUCCCAUAUUUGAAAAACGAAUACAACGAUAUGCAUUUUGAUCUCAGUGAUCCAGAUCAGCUUGUUGGGAAGAAUUUACUCUGGUUUAGUCGCUGUAUUUCACUAAGUGAAGAAGAAGCUAGAAAUAUUCGCUUAAUAGGAUCUAUAUUUUUUGGCAAUUAUGUUUUGGCAAAACAACUGCUUCAAGCGACGGAUAUUUUUUCAUCGACAGUUGCAAUUUGUCAAUCCAAAUUAGAACAACUAAUAGUUAAAACAAAUGAUGUUAAAGAAUCGAAGGAUGAAAAUCCUUCCGAAAACGCUGUAGAAGAAUUAAAGGGAAUUAUCGAUAAGAUUGAAAGAAAGAACAUGGACGAGAAACUAUCAGAUAUAAUUAUGAAGCAUCUGAAGGCUGUACAGAAUAAGGAGGAGAAAAAUCUAAUAGAAAUACAGCGCAAUACCUUCCUUAACUGGAAACAGAAUCGUGCGGAUCUCAUCAAGGCUCAGGUUGAACAACUCGAUUUAAAAUUGCGAUUGAAAGAAAUCUGUGAAGAACGGCAAAAAUUAUGGGAUCGUUGGGAAAUGUUGAAUUUUUUCGAAAAUCGUUUGAAGUGGGAAGAUAUAGCAGCUGUGAAAGAAGAGCUUCUAAAGACUGAUCAGGUGGCAGAACGCUUAUCGGAGAGUACGCAUAUUGUUGACCACGAUCCGUCGUUGGCCCUCUAUCGAUUACAUGAACAUGUUGGAAAAACUCUACCCCUACUCGUGGCUCGGAAACAUACAAUGGCUGAUUUCAAUUCCCGCCUCCAAGGUGCAUGUUUCGACCUGGACAAUGUUCUUUUAACAAUGCAGUCAAUGAAAAAGGCUGCAGCGAAUUUCGAGAACAUUCAGGUAAUGCUUCGAGAUUGCGUGCAUCAUAAACAACAACUAAACUGCUCAACUAAAUGA